UGAUAAAAUGAAAGAUUUUGAAAUUAUUGAGGAAAAAAUUACAAAUAUAAUUCAUGAAAAUAUGUUGCUGUCCGCACUGGCCAUAGAUUCAAUAAGAAAUUCUACAGGAGAGGAGAAAAGUAAAGAGGUUGGGAGGAAACCAACAAAGUCAUUGGACACAGAGAAUGAACUUCUUUAUGAAGUUCUCAAGAAUGUUGAAAGCCAGCUGGACAAAGAGCCUCUUUUACAAGCACAAGAGUCUAAAAAGGAGGGGAAAGAAUCAAAGUUAAAUGAAAAGCUGAAUGACACAGCAGUGUUGGGCAACAACUGGAUCAGAGAGCUCAAAGCCACAGAAAACGAAGCAGUGAAAGACAUCACCAAACCAAAUCAAUCAACCCAGCUGACAUCACAAAAUGAAUAUUUACCGCUGGCUGCAGAAGAGGAAAUGCAAACGGUAAACACCAUAGAAAAGAGCAAGAGCAGUAAAGCACUGAAAGCAGAUGAAAUAAAUGCAGUACAUGGAAGUACAACCAAGGUGUUUGAUUCCAAAGAAGCUAUUGAGUAUUCUUUGAAAGAAAAUACAACAAGUGUAGACAAUGAAUUUAAGCAGCCAAUGGAUACUUCAACAAUACAAGAACAACUGGAACCCAAAGUACCUGUAGCUCAAGAUGAGGGAACCAGGAGUAACAACGAAAUUCAGGACAAGCACAGUUGUGUUAAAAGGGGGAGUCAAAGUGAAAUAAAGACUAAAGAAGAUGAAAGUGAAAUAAAUGUUUCAUCAAUAAAAAGUUUAGUGAAUGAAAGUUCUCGCAAGAGUCCCAACUCUGAAAUUAUUAACCAAGAAGACCAGGAGUCUGUUGGAGUACAACAUAUGAGUGUUGACAAGCACGAUGAAAUUGCUGAUCCUGCAAAGGCAUUAAAUGCUGAAAGAACACCGGAAAGCCACAGUCUUGACAUAGCGGCAACACAGAGUUCUCAACAAAAAACGGAAACAAAGGAGACUCCAAAAAAAAGUUUGGAAGAAGUAAUGCCAGCUGCCACAAAUAAAUGUGAAAUUGGGCAUGUAAUUGAAAAUGCUGAAUCUAGUGUUCAUUUCCAAGCGCACGAGGGCUCUGUAAACAUCAGAUCUGAUCAUGAGGGCGUCCAGAAACAGGAUGAAAACACUCAUCAGGACGCAGAUUGCAAAGUGCUAAACGUAAACCAAGAAAGUAAAGCAAAAAUAGUAACAGCAGAAGCUAUCGAGAACAUGGCCGAAGAUUCUGAAAUGUCUACAAACUUAAGUUUGUCUUCAAGCAAAAGAGACACUGGUAAGAGUGAUAUGAAAGAAAAAGAAGUAUCUAAAGAAAAUGAUGAGCAAAUGAUGGCUGCAACGCAAAAGUUCAAGCCCAGUCAGAUUGAGGUCACAGAACAACAAGGCUUGGCCGCCGGUGUUUUAAAUAGUUUAUUUGAUCAGAAUGCCAAAGAGGCCAAAGAAAAGAAAAAAAAGACAACACAUGCGCUACAAAGCAAUAAAGCAGCUAAAAACCUCAAUACUUCCCAACAACCAGGAAAAGCACCACUUAAUGGUGGUUCCCCUCUUCCUACUGCAUUGAAAUCACUGAGUCCACCUCAGGGAAUUCAGCUCAAGAACGAGUUGCCAUCUAGCUGGUUAAACGUGGAACAUCAUCACAAACAGAAAAAGGGCAACAGGCAGAAACUAAAUGACUCGGCCAGUGAGGACGAAUCUCUUGAACCGGACGAGUUUGAGGAUUUCAUCAGGAGCAUUAAAGCGGGCGGCAUUCCCUUCCCACUGCCUCCUAAGAAGCACCCACGUAAGAAGUCCCCAUCUUCCCCUUUUGCUAUGCCAGCCAUUAGGGAGGAUCAUUUUGAAAAAACUUUUGAUCCAGAACAAUUCCAGUUUGGCUUGAGAAAGAAAGGCAAACUUUUGAAGGACCCAUCUCCAGCGAUGAUGUUAAAACAAAAAGCAGCCAAUCGGGCAGGACGGAGCGUGGAAAAACAUGGACCAGUCAAUUCCACGCUCUCAGGUAAAGACCAAAGGCGUGAUGAGGAAAAAGGAAAAUCUGAAGUCAAAGAGGGGUUCACGAUUGAGCAGAACAAUGGCGAGGGGCCAGGGAAGCUAUCAUCCCGGUUAGAAAGGAUAUCCAUCCUCUCUAACUUACUGAGUUCCCCUCGGUCCAGUAAGAGGAGCAAAGAGGAAACGGCCUCUCACCAAAAUAACGUUUCAUCCAAACAACAGACAAAUGCGCCCUCGUUUGGAGAGCAGGAAGCUGUUGAUGCAACCUUUCCUGAACGUGAAUCAGAUAUGCAGGGUGUGACAAGGAGAGGUGCAGGCUGUACUGUGAGUGGUUGUACAGCUGCUGCCAGUGAGUCAACAAUUAGCCCCUCCCCGCCUUCUCUGCCCUUGUGUUCACAAAUCAAACCGCCAAAAUGUUGGGAGGAAAAGCUUGACGACAGAGGAGAGUCUGAGACUGACCAGGGCUCCACAACGGCACCUAAAACCAAGCAGGAUCCUGACGGAUUUAUUCCAAUGGACAAGGCUUUAACACCUAAGGUCAAUAAUGCUGAGCUGCCUCCACCCACCAAAUACAUCACAAAGACUCCUCGGAAGAAAAACACGAAGACACCUGUGGCUAAAGGGUUCCACAAAAGACCCGGAAAGAUUUUCAUACAUGGACAUGAUAACUUGGGCGCUGAAGUGUAUGAACUAUGGAGUGACGUCGAAGAUGCGACGCAGAUGAAACUCUCUCCUGUCAUCUUGGUGCGAGUCAUCAGAGGAUGCUGGCUCCUGUAUGAACAUAAGGGCUUCCAGGGCCGUGUCAUUGCCCUCGAGGAAGGUCAAACAGAUCAUAUAGUGAACAUGUGGGCUGAGGAUGGUGCCCCAACAACUCUGGACGAGAAAGGUCAGCCAGUAUCACCGACGCCCAUGACCAUCGGUUCUAUUCGACUGGCAGUAAACGACUAUACCCAGCCCAGAAUUGACCUGUUUACAGAAGUUAAUGGUUUGGGAAGGGUCUCAUCUUACUGUGAUGACAUAGUUGAAAUUGGCUCCUUUGGGAUCCCCCAGGCCACUGGUUCCAUAAAGGUCCAUUCUGGAGUCUGGCUCGUGUACAGUGAUUCUGGCUUUAGAGGUUUCGUAGGAGUGCUGGAAGUGGGCGAGUUUCCUUGUUCAGAGACCUGGGGAUUCCCUCAGCCCUUUGUUGGCUCUCUCAGGCCCCUUCGAAUUGGAGCAAUAAAGGUGGAACAUCCCAAAGAGGUCAAGGCGCUAGUGUUCGAGAAGCCCGAUUUUGAGGGCGACUGUUUAGAGGUGGAUGGUGACUUGUGCAAGUUGAUUGAGGAAGAGGGAGAAGCAGAACAAGGCAGCUCUGGUGGAACUAAGAAGACAAUCUCUGCAGUCGGCUCACUCAAGAUACUUGGUGGUCUCUGGGUUGGCUAUCAAGAGGAAGACUUUGAGGGUCAACAAUACGUCCUGGAGGAAGGAGAGUAUCCUCAUUGCAGUGAUUGGGGCGGAUCUGAGGAUGAUCUUCUCUCAAUUCGGCCCAUUAGGACUGAUUUCCUGUCCCCGCACAUUAAAUUGUUCAGUGAGCCCAAUUUGGAUGAGCGGGGUCUCAGUGUGGAUUUGAUGGGGCCAGUUAUCAACAUGGAGGAUAUCGGCCACGGCGGAAAAACCCAGUCCAUCAACAUCCUGAGUGGGGUCUGGGUGGCAUUUGAGAAUCCUGCAUUCAGCGGCGAGCGCCACAUCCUGGAGAGAGGCUUGUAUUCAUGUCCAGAAGACUGGGGUGCCCAGAAUUGCAAGAUAUCAUCAAUCCAGCCAGUCUUCAAUGAAACAUUGUUGGAGUCUAGGUUCAAGGCGAAGCUGUUCUCUGAACGCAACUUUAUGGGUGAACUGGUGGUUCUGGAGGACAGUGCAGCAGCUUUGGAUGAGGACUUUGUGCCCAGGUCCUGUAAGGUGCUGGCUGGCAGCUGGAUCACUUAUGAAGGCAGAAACUUCUCUGACAACAUGUACUUACUGGAGGAAGGAGAAUAUCCCGACACGGAAUUCAUGGGCUUCUUGUCAUCAGACGUGAGGGUCCGUUCCAUGCAAACUGUUGGGCAUGAAUUGUCGCUCCCCUCCCUCUUGCUGUUCAGCAAGCUGGGCUGCACAGGUCGCAGGGUGGUGCUGACUCAUGGGAUAGUGAACCUGCACCAAGCGGGCUGGGGUGCUCACAUACGCUCUCUGGCGGUGGAGGGCGGAAAGUGGGUGUUGUACGAAGGCAGCAACUAUCGCGGUCGACAGGUCCUGCUGCAGCCAGGCCAAGUGGUCGACUGGUGGAAGUUCAGUGGAUGGAAGGGAAUCGGAUCGCUGCGGCCGUUGCUGCAGAAACAGAUCGGUAUCCGUCUGCGGAACAAUGAGACGGGAUGUCUGAUGUCGCUGACGGGGGCGCUGGAUGACAUCCAGCUGAUGAGGGUGCAGGCUGUGGAAGACACAGGCGGCGAAGAGCAACUCUGGCUCUACCGAGACGGUCAUCUUACCUGCAAGCUGGCGGAGGACUGUGGACUGGAGACCACAGGCAACAUGAUGAUGGCAGGCAGUCGGCUUUGUGUGUCGCCAGAGGGAGGAAAAGACAAUCAGCUGUGGGAGGUCACCUCAGACGGUCUUGUGCGCUGCCACUUGCAACCUGGCCUGGUCCUCGAGGUCAAAGGAGGUCAUCAGUACGACAAGAACCUGGUGAUCCUCAACACGUUCGAGGAGGGAAAACCAAACCAAAGAUGGACACUGGAGAUUUUGUGACCGUACGGGCCAUAUUGUGGCACUCAGACGCGACGCCGCUGGUGGAGCUCCUCACACCACUCAGACGGGUCCCUAGUUGGCUUUUGCACAAACACUGCACUUCUGUAGCAUUUGGACCCAUGUGGAGGAGGGUAACCAUGUUCUGAUCUUUGAGUAGUUGUUAACACUUCUAUUUUGUUGAUAUUGCUUUUGUAUUUUACAAUGAAGAUAAAUAUGUUCUUAUUUAUCGACCCAUAUCCUCUCUAAAUGUUGCAUUGCAUGUGGUGAAAUGUCAGCCUAAUGCUGCGACUCUCUCUCGACGUUAUGGUACGUGUCUGGUACGUGGUGUCUGUUUCCUCAUCUUGUGUUGAUGGACGCAACGAAGCCUAAACUCCAAAGAUAUAUUUUAUUUACACAUUUUGUCACUACUGUUGGUAAUAAUAUUGUAAAGUUUGUCAAUGUUGUCAGAGCAGGUUUUAACACUGAAUGAGAUUCACAUUAUUAGAUUGUAGAUUUUAAUCAGACAGAACAUUUGAAUCAACUGUUGUAAAUAUGUAAACACAAAAGAGAAAAUACCUAUUAUGUUCUCAUGUAUCAUUUCAGACAUUUUUUUGCAGUGGCGGGAAACAAUUUUGAUGCAAAUAGUAUCCGUGCAUUUGUGAAAUAUUUAUUAGUUGGGCUCGCCUUGUGGAUCUAUUUUAACUUUGGCUCCAAUAACAUGGGAAUUCUUAGAAUGCUAAUAACGCUGUAUGGACCCAUUCGGAAAAAUUCUCAUAACAAGAGGGAAACACGUGACGUGGCUGGUUGUUUUUGCUCAUGUCGUGUGUUUCAGGAAGAAAGUUCAAAGAAAUAUAUGUUAGCGUAACAUAUUCUCCUUUUAGCUAAACCGUGGGAGAUUCAAUAAUGCUUGUGAGAUUGACUGAGAUGAAGUGUUGACUUUUGAUCAAAAGGAGCAAGAUUUGAAUGGAGUUUGAGCACAUUCCCUCUUUUCAAGUACUGUAUAUAACGCCUGGCUUCAUUUGAGCCCACAGAUGCCCAUCCACCAUUUCACCAAUGUGGAGACUUGAAGGAGUAAAUUGUGUGGCCCCAGUGACAAUUUAGUCCCAAAAUUUUUAUUUAUUUUUUUUUUAAAGCUGCCAUGCACUCUCGCCCUCUGCCAAGCAUGUGCCCACAUGCUAUUCUGUAAAAUAACUAAUUCCUUUCAGGCUAACUUUCAUUUCCCUCUUUCAAUCCAGACAGGAGAGACCAUUUCACACUUUUUUUUUGUUUUAAUAAAAGUGGAUCUGCCCAAAAAAAAAAAAAAAAGUCUAUAAGUGUGAUAUUGUGUUGACGUGUGGCUGAUGUCAGUCCAUGGUGUACCCUGCCAUUUGCCCAAUGUACCAAUUGCUGUUAAAAUCAGGAUUUAAAAUCAACAUUUAUUUAGGAUGAGAAAAAUAAAACAUUUUCUAACAUUUAGCAGGUUUAAAUAGUCUUUACACUCAACUUCAACAGUGAAACGCAUCAGUGCUUAAUGGAGUUGACGAGAUUGUGUUUGUGCUCCACAUCAUCUGCCCUUGUUGAUCUGGACCACAGUCUUCCCUCGGGCGUGCCCCUUCUCCACCUUCGCAAAGGCCUGAGGAACCUGCGCAAAGCUGAAGGUUUCUUCUACAACGGCAUGGAUCUGCAAAUGAAGCCAGCACAGGUCAAAUGAGUUGUGCAUUUGUAAAUUCAUUUGACGCAGUUUUUGAAUGGCCUGCCCUGCACUCUGUAAACAUAACCAAAUGUAUUUCAUGUUAUCUGAAUUGAUAGUAAGAUGUCACUGCAUCAUGUGCAACGUACAUUCACAGUAACUAGAAAUGAUAAUGAGCAUGUCCAAAAGUCCCCAAAUUAGUCGUACCAUUGCCAGAUUUUGACGUAAAUGGAAUCUUUAUUUGGUGAAUGGGCAAAACGGUGGUCUACCGGGGAGCACGUCUCGGAGUACACCGCCUUCCUCUUAACAUUCCAAAUACAAGUUUCUUAGGUUACUUGAAGCCUCAAAAUUGUCCAUAGGUGUCAAUUAUUGUGCCCUGCAAUUGACUGCAAUCAGUCCAUCAAAAUGUGAAUCAUUAGGGGAUUAUGCUGUAUAUUUAUUUUUCUCCAUUACUUAACUGUUAUUAAUACUGGGUGGAUUUACUGCGAUAUAUAUUUUUUCCCUCUAUACUGUACGUUCCUAACAGUGCAUUAUCAUAAAGCGUGAAGUAUGUUACCAUACCUGCCCUGCAUC